AUGAUUAGUUGCGGCUCGGGCCCCCUGACACCCCUUAACCUGGAAAAUCAGGCAGACUUUCGAGACAGCAAUCAGCUCCCAGACACAUCCAACCCCGCGGGUUACCGUGCAGACGCGGCCAAGUCCAAGAACCACACCACACACAACCAGUCCUGCAAAUGGCACAGAAAUGGCAUCAAGAAACCCCGGUCGCAAAGAUACAAAUCUCUUAAGGGAGUUGACCCCAAGUUCCUGAGGAAUAUGCGCUUUGCCAAGAAGCACAACAAGAAAGGCCUGAAGAAGAUGCAGGCCAACAAUGCAAAGGCAGUGAGUGCGCGCACUGAGGCCAUCAAGGCCCUGGUGAAGCCUCAGGCCAUCAAGCCCAAGAUGCCAAAGGGCCCCAAACUCAAGCGGCUGGCUUUCAUCGCUCACCCUAAGCUUGGGAAGCGGAUUCGAAGCUACAUGGCCAAGGGUCAGAGGCUCUGCCAACCGAAGCCUAAGGUCCAAACCAAGGCAGGGUCCAAAGCUCCAGCUAAGGCCCAGGCUUCAGCUCCAGCCCAGGCUCCCAAAGGUGCCCAGGCCCCCAAAGGUGCCCAGGCCCCUGUGAAGGCCCCAUAGAAAAGGCUCCUGCCAGUGUGAAGACAGACAGACUGCUGUGACACACUUCCCCACACACUAUUUGCAGAUGACCAGUGUCCUAUGCUG